UUUUUAGUUUCUGGCUAAUUGUUCCUUCUAUCUUGUUCCGCGAUGGCUGAAAUCAAGAUGUGUGAGCCAUUCGAGCUCUUCAAUCUCCUCAACCGGUGCAGCCGUGUGUCAAAGCUGGCAGAGAUCAAUUACCUCUGUUUGAUUGACGCUCGAGAAACCCACGACUACAGAAUGAGUCACGUCAUCACAGCGAAAAAUGCCAAAAUGGAUUCAAAGGGGACGUUUUUCUUGCCAGAGGCUGUGGAGGUUGACAGUAUGCAGCAUGUGGUGGUAUAUGACAGCGACACAAGCGUCUUACACAAACAAGACAGAGCGGUUCAAUGUGCCCAGGAACUGGCCAAAGAGAGCCUCUACCCGGUCCACGUAGUCACGGGAGGCUUUCAGAGGUUCUCGGCUCUGUACCCUUUUUUAAGGACUGAGAAAAUCCUCUACACCAUCACGGAACUGGAAAACAUGAAGACCUUUCCAGUGGAGAUCAUAGCAACCCUGCUGUACAUGGGUGACGAGAAACACGCCAUGGACUCCGGCAUCCUCAAAGACCUGAAAGUCUUCGCCGUCAUCAGCCUCUCGGAGAGUAACACUCUGGAAUCCACGCAGGGGAACCACGUCGUCGCUCACGUCCCUGUGGCUGACUCGGUGGCGGCCGAUUUAUUUUCAAGUCUUGAAAUGAUUUGCAGCCUUAUUGAUUCACACGUCGACGUGGGCUCUCGUGUCCUGAUAGUUUCCGGGCGCGGCCGAAGCCGCUGCGCUGCGGUCGCCGUCGCCUUCCUCAUGCACCGCCUCAAACACACACUGGAGGAGGCCUGGAAGUACGUGCUCAAAUGUAAACCCGACGUGAGACCAAACGCGGGGUUUCUCCAGCAGCUGUCUGACUGGGAGCUUCACACCGUGGGAAAGAAAGUGACGGACAUCUCUGGACCUCAUUUUUAA